AAAAGGAAAAUCUCGUUCCAGUCUCCGCGCCAAAAUAGUCGGCUCUGACUCUUUUCUGCUAUUUUUGAUCAGCGUGCACUGCCAUUAGGGUAAACACUUGCAGCUGUUUUCAUCUUUGAGCGUAGCUCGGCGAUAUUUUGAGUACCUGCAAGCUUUUUACCCGCAAUUGUACCAGUUGUGGUCCACUGGGGAACAUUUGGGUCUCUUCCUCUGCACAAACGAUAUGAGUUUGAGAAUUCAUGUUUGUACAUGGAAUGUCAAGGUAACACAGCCACCAGACGAAGACUUCAGAUCAUUUUUGCAUCUUGACAAUGAAGAACAACUCCCGGACAUUGUUGCUGUGGGUCUGCAGGAGGUUGAUGCCAAACCACAGUCAUUAUUAAUUGAAUAUAUCAAGGAAAACUCUUGGGUGAAGAUCCUUCAGGCAUACCUUGGAGCAUAUGGCCUGGUGAAGCUCAAGUCAAUCCGCAUGCUUGGAAUGGUUCAUCUUGUAGCUGUCCAUACCAAGCAUCUUCCAUUUGUUCGUGAAAUUAGGCCUGGUUACUGCAAAACAGCACUACUUGGACUACUGGGGACCAAGGGAGCAGUAUCGUUACGAUUUACUCUGUAUGGACAAAGUUUCUGCUUCAUCAACAGUCACUUCUCAGCACAUGCUGACUAUGAAGAACAAAGGAAUCUGGUAGUACAUCCAGAAUAUGAAAGCAUCAGCCAGAGUUUGAUGUUUGCAAAUUGCACUCCACAGAAAGCUAUGGAACACAGCUACGUGUUUUGGCUGGGUGAUCUCAACUACAGAAUAAAUGAAACCAUUGAAAACAUUAAAGGGCUUUGUGGCAAAAAAGAAUACUCCACAUUAUGGAAGCAUGAUCAGCUCUUACAAGGUCAACAAGCUGGAAAAUGUUUUGUAAACUUUCAUGAAGGAGAGCUCGCCUUUCCGCCCACUUACAAGUACAACCCUGGAACAGAUGAGUGGGACACAGAAAGGUAAGUUACAUGAAGCUACUUAACUGAAAGAGCAUUAA